CGAGCCCAGCUGAGCCGAGCUUACCCUAAACGGGAUUCUUCCCACAUUUCAUCGUAUUACGAAAGAAGGUUAUAAUUGCAAAUCACGAAGUCGAAGCAGACGGGGUCAGUAAUUCGUCGUCAAAAGUGAACCUGGUCAGCGAAAGGAUUGUGGAUUGGCGCGGGAUCGAGGUUGUAGAGAAGUGGCAGAAGAGGUCUUGCGAAAAUUGUGAGGAAUGAGUGGUUCAACAUCAUGAGUUCGCGAUGACAUCCUGCAGACGGAGGAAGAGGCGUGGCACAGAAUAUGGUCGGAUUCUGGCGAAGAGCUUGUGACUUUUGAGUGUAGCUCGAACAUUGGUGGAGGUAGAUCGGAAGCUCCAUCAACUCUAAGUCUUAGAAAUGCUAGGAGGUUUGUAUGGAGAUUUACCGCCCCCGUCGUCCGACGAAGAUGGGGGAGGAGGAUCUUCAAUGUGGUCUGGGAGCAGUGCCAAAAUGGCUCCGCCCACGGUGCGUAAACCCUCUCUCUUUGCUCCACCUCCGUCUGUUUUGAGAAAUCAAUCGGCAUCGAAGCCGAAAGCAGCGCUUCCAGCGCCUAGUGCUGUCAUCGGAACGCCUCAGAGUAAAGUGGGCAGGUGGGUGCUGGACGGAAAUGCCAGUCCUCUCGUUGUUAGCGCUGUGGAUGUGGAGAGAGAUUUCAGACCUCUGUCUCCAGCUACGCAACCGGCGCUUGUUGGAGCUAGUGCUGCAGUUUUGGAAGAGUAUGAUCCUGCAAGGCCAAAUGAUUACGACGAAUAUUGUAGAGAUCGAAGGAGGCGGAAGAUGGAGGAGGAGAUGAGGAGGGAGGUAGAAAGGAGAAGGAUAGAGGAGGAAGAUAGGGAGAGGGAGCGAGAAAAAGAAGUGCAGCGGCAGCGGGAACUCGAGAGGGAGAGAGAAAUUGAGAGGGAAAAAGAGUCUGGGCCUGAGAGAGCGGCAGCUUUGCACAUCAGUGGGGAGGAAGCAUGGAAGAGGAGAGCGAUGUUGAGUGCAAGUGCUGCUGCAGGUCGAGGUGGUGGUGGUGGUGGAGGUGCUAGCUCAGCGGAUGCUAGCCCCGCGAGGCCCAGAUCUCCAUCUCCUCCAAGAAAUGCGGAGGGUUUUAGCAUGGGAAAAGCCACUACAGGAGGAUUAGGUGUAGGCGCAGGGGGGCAAAUGACAGCUGCUCAGAGAAUGAUGGCAAGAAUGGGAUGGAAAGAAGGCCAAGGACUGGGCAAGCAAGAGCAGGGAAUUACAACCCCACUUAUGGCCCGUAAAACAGAUAAGCGUGCAGGAGUUAUUGUCAAUGCCGGUGAGGUUAAAGCUCAACAGCAACAACAGCAGCAAUUGCAACAACAACAACAACAACAACAACAACAAGAAAAGAAGCUCAAAGUUGGGGUUUCCAUCUCUGGACCCCCAACACGAGUGGUCUUACUAAGGAACAUGGUUGGUCCUGGAGAAGUCGACGGCGAGCUAGAAGACGAGGUUGCAUCAGAGUGCACAAAAUAUGGAACAGUUACACGAGUUCUUAUUUUCGAAAUUACAGAACCUGAUUUUCCAGUCACGGAGGCUGUAAGAAUUUUUGUGCAAUUUGAGCGUGCAGAGCAGGCCACAAAAGCUUUGGUAGAUCUGGAUGGACGGUUUUUUGGAGGAAGAGUUGUGCGAGCCAGUUUUUAUGACGUAGAAAGAUUUGCAAGAAAUGAACUAGCUCCUUUGCCCGGGGAGGUUCCUGUUGCUAAUUCAAUACAAUAAAUAGUUUGUGAAUAUGAUACGGAGUUGAGAUUGCAGUAAUGUCCUCUAAAUCCA